AUCACUCUGAUGCAGGGGCGGACUGACAACUCAUGGGGCCCCCAGGCAAUAGGGGAUCAUGGGGCCCCUGUGUCCUUGCCCAAACUCAAAAAAGCCUAUGAAAAAGGUACCAGGGGCAUCACAUGGGGCCCCCUACUGACCCCGGGCCCUCGUGCAGUGCCCGAGUUCCCAAAUGGUUAGUCCGCCCCUGCCGAGUGCUAAUAAGCUAUUGCAGCUGUGCAGUAUAAACUGUGCACAAUUAAAGGGGUAAUCUAGCUUGGGCAGAAGCACAUAUGAAAGUCUUCACCUGUGACUGGUUAUGGACCACUGUUUUACAUUUGUUUUGACAGAAA